AUGUCUACGGCAUCAUCUUCCUCGUCCCCACUUGUAGGCAAAAAGCUUUUGGGGGUCUUUUCUCCGGAAGUUGCAUCCUAUUUCAUCGCUGGUGGGUGUGCGGGUGCCGCUUCGAGGACGGUUGUGAGCCCUUUAGAAAGAUUAAAAAUUAUCCAACAAGUACAGCCCAAGGGAUCGACGCAGUACAAAGGAGUGUGGAGGAGCUUGGUACGGAUGUGGAAGGAGGAGGGAUUCAAGGGAUAUAUGAGAGGCAAUGGAAUCAACUGCCUGAGGAUCGUUCCCUAUAGUGCAGUGCAGUUUACAACGUAUGAACAACUAAAAAAGUGGUUCACUCGUGGUUCCAGGGAACUUGAUACUCCUAAACGUUUAGCAAGUGGCGCGUUAGCUGGGAUCACUUCUGUUUGCUCCACAUACCCUUUAGACCUCGUACGAGCUCGUCUUUCUAUAGCGACGGCGUCUAUACCUGUGAAUGUCCUACACACCUUACCGAAAGCAAGUGAAAUGCUUGCCUCCGCAGUCCCCCCAAACGCAAAACAACCAACAAAUACACCGAAAUUGACUAAUGCAAUGCAUACUGUCGCUGCCGGAGCUCGAAACUACCACCCGUCGGAACUCACAAUAUGGGGUAUGACGCUGAAAAUCCUUCGAGAAGAAGGAGGGAUCCGCGGUCUUUACCGAGGCUUGGUUGCUACUGCAUUCGGUGUUGCACCUUACGUUGGGAUUAAUUUCGCCGCCUAUGAGGUCCUGCGAGGUGUUUUGACACCCCCUGGCAAGAACUCCGUGGCGAGAAAAUUGUUGUGUGGUGCCUUAGCCGGAUCAAUAUCACAAACGCUGACCUAUCCAUUUGAUGUGCUCCGAAGGAAGAUGCAGGUGGCCGGAAUGAAGUCAAGUGGGCUGGGUAUCAAGUAUACAGGAGCUAUCGAUGCGUUGGUGGGCACUUUGCGGAACGAAGGUGUCACAGGCUUAUACAGGGGCCUCUGGCCGAACUUGUUAAAAGUGGCUCCGAGUAUCGCAACGUCGUUCUUCACGUACGAACUAGUGAAAGAUUUUCUGGUUCCGAGAGACUGA